AUGGAAUUCUCUCAGUCGUCCGCUUGUGCGGACCCGAUGAACACCUCCGAGUCGGUCGCGCAAGCGCCGCCUCAAAUGCAGCUGCUGGACUUCUUCUUCCCCGGCUUCAGCGUCUUCUCAACGGCGUUCCAGAAGUACCUCGGCAUCGACUUGAACGUCUACAUCCCUCUGGUCAUCCUCUGCGGCGGGGCGACGUUCGCAUGGCGCUACUUCAGCGACUACCUCUGGGAAAAGAUUGACACCUACCUCAUGUCCACCGUUGAAGUCCGGACGGAUGACGAGAUCUACAACAUCUUGAUGUCUUGGGUCGCCGCGCAACGCUUCGCCAAGAACUCUCGACGUUUCGUCGUCAACACCAACUUGAACUCCCGCUCGUGGUUCCUCUGGCGCUGGGACGAGGACGACGAGGAGGACAACGACUCCGCCGACAUGUCUUCCGAGCCGGGCCCCAAGAAGAAGCCCCUGGCCUACACGCCUAGUUUCGGGAGCCACACCUUCUGGUACCGCGGCCACCUCCUCCUCUUCAAGCGCAGCCAGAACCAGCAGCAGGCGUCCCUCAUGAUGGUCAGCGAGCGCGAGGAGAUCAGCGUCUCCUGCUUCGGCCGCAACCCCUGGAUCCUCAAGGAGCUGCUGCAGGAGGCCCGCGCCGAGUAUCUCAAGAAGGACUCCCAGAAGACCAUGAUCUACCGCGGUAGUACCCGCGCGGGCACCACGGAGCCGUCGUGGCAGAGGUGCAUGGCGCGCACGUCACGGCCUUUCUCGACUGUCAUUCUGAACGAGAAGACCAAGAAGGAGCUGGUGGCUGACGUCGCAGAUUACCUAUCCCCCGCAACGCGCCGGUGGUACUCAAACCGCGGCAUUCCCUGGAGACGCGGCUACCUGCUGACCGGUCCUCCCGGAACUGGCAAGUCUUCCCUUUCGCUUGCUCUGGCUGGAUUCUUUAAGAUGAGAAUCUACAUUGUAAGCUUGAACUCCAUCUCAGCCAACGAGGAGAACCUCGCCAGCCUCUUCGCCGAGCUUCCCCGGCGGUGUGUGGUUCUACUCGAGGAUAUCGACACCGCCGGCCUCACACACACGAGAGAAGAGACCGGAACCGCGGACGCCUCCGACGCCAAGGAAGGUUCGGGAGACAUGGUCCCCGGACAGAUUACCCCCGGCAACGGCACCACGACGACCAGCAGCAGGCUGUCACUGUCUGGCCUGCUGAACAUCUUGGACGGCGUUGCCAGCCAGGAGGGUCGCGUGCUGAUCAUGACGACAAAUCACAUGGAGAAGCUCGACAAAGCGCUCAUCCGGCCCGGCCGCGUGGACCAGAUCGUCAAGUUCACUCUUGCGGACGAGGAGAUUAUCGGAGCCAUCUUCCGCGCCAUCUUUGCCCCUCUCGAGGGCGACGAGAACGAGGAACAGCCCAAGUCUCUCGAGAGCCCCGAGGUCGAGAAGGCGCUUGCCGAGCAGGAGGCCGCGCGGAAAGAGGAGAUCAGGUCGAGGGUCGACGAGCUGUCGAAGGACUUCGUCGCCAAGAUCCCCGCCCACGAGUUCAGCCCCGCCGAGAUCCAGGGUUUCUUGAUGAAGCACAAGCGCAGCGCCGAGAACGCGGUGGCGGGCGCUGCGGACUGGGUGAUCGAGACGCGCAAGGAGAAGAAGGAGAAGGAGCUCAGAGCCGCCGAGGAGAAGCGCAAGGAGGAGGCCAAGAAGAAGGAAGAGGAAGAGAAGAAGCGCAAGGAGGAAGAGGAAGAGAAGAAGAAGCAGGAGGAGGAGAAGAAAAAGACCGAGAAGGAGCGCAAGAAGCACAAGAAGCAUAAGAAGAGCAGGCGCAGCAAGGAGGAGUCGGAGUCUUCCGACUCGGACUCGGGAUCCGACGCCGAGCCGGAAUCCGCAGCCGCCCCCGUCGCGGUCACCGUGACGGUCACGGCGGCGGCGGAGAACAAGGAGUCGGGCGGCACGGUCCCGGUAGUGGUGUCGGACGGAGUCAAGGCCGAGGGUGGAGGCGACGAGACGAGCCGAAAGCGAGACUCGGGCUACGGUACUCCAGUGGAGAUUUGA